AUAAAAUAAUUCGUAUAUAUCAUAGAUCACAAAGAAAAUACUAAUUAUUUAAUAAAAGUUAAUGAACCUUUAGAGGGAAACAAUGAAUGACGAUCGAUAUUUACGAGAGAAAAAUAAUUAACGAUGGAAAAUAAUUGCGAAGUUAAUUGAUAUGGUAUGCUAAUUUGUACAAAGAAAGUAAAUGCGGGAGAAGAUCGAGGAAGAUUUACGAAGAAGAAGAAGAAGAAAGAAGAGGAGAAGAAGAAGAAGAAGAAGAAGGGGAAUCAACUACCUCGAAUGUCAAGGAAGGAGAAAUUAAUCGAAACGUUAUAUGUAUAUACAUAGGAAUAGCCAACAUCAAGGAAACGCAUGGAUACUAAUUACAGAGCGAAUAUCGCCAAGUGGCUACCCUUUCCUGGAGUUGCCCUCGAGAACUGGUUGGCAGACUCUUCCGUGUUAAACGAGAGGAUGAGCAAACUCGCGGAACAUAUAGCCUUAAUAAUCGAGGAUGUUGCGAAAGCACAAGCUUGUGAUUUCGAGAUAUUCGAGGAGAUCAUCGACAAUCUCGAAGACAUAACGAAAAGUUAUAAAUCAUUGUUCAAUGGAAUGACGGAAACAACGCAUCCGAUUUAUAAAUACAAAGUGCAACACUUUUCUAUGAUAUUGAAAAGAAAACAUAAUGUCGUCGCUAAAUUCACUCGAAAUCUCAUAAUCGAAAUCGUUGAUUCCAAAACUGACGAGAUAUUACGUAUCAUUUUUAAAAUGAUUAAUGCAUAUAACAAGAUGCUCGAUUUGGACCAUGAUAUCUUGGAUACGUCCGUUAAUGUCUUUUGCAAUGAUUGUCCAUCUUCGUUAGAACCUUUAAAAAAAUUUUCCGUAACUCGAAUAUUACAAAUAUUGGCGAAAAAUCGUGCCGAGGAAACGUGUCAUGAAUUAAUCGAUUGUCUAUUAGCAAAUUAUGAACCACACACGAAAGAGGAUGUUACAUCAGCAUCCAAUGACGUUGACCUUUCCGAAAAUUCUAGCAUCGAGAUUUAUCGAGCUCUCACGAGACACUUGACGCCACCAAUCGUUAGCGAUGCCUCAACGUUUCAACAAACACAACCAUCGAAUCUCGAGAGUAUUCAAGCACUUGUGAAUACUCAGAAUGAACAAGUUCUAAGACUUCUUAGCAUUGUCCAAGAUAUUUCACCACAGUUACUUGGUUCCGACGCUUUGAAGAUUAUUGAUGGAGAAAAGAGACUAAAAGGUAGCGCGAUAAGAAAGGUAAAAAAUUAUUAUCAGGAGGUAGCUUGGGCAGCUCUUUCGGGGAUGUUAGAUCACGUUGUUUUAUGGUGGUCACCGGAAGCUCUGGCUUCUCAUCAUAAUCAUGGAGCGGAACACUUGAAAAACUGGUUGAGACAAUUCAUUCAAAAAAAUGCGGUUCCGCCGACAGUUAAACCUGCUUUACAAAAUUUAUGCGAUGCUCUCGGUUAUCACGUUACUAUCACAUCUUGGGACCAAUUAUUUCGAAUAGCGUAUACGUCCUCUUUCAAAUGCCAAUCGAGACCUUCUACUACUGAGGGCACGGACACGGGUCAAAUGUUCAGCGAGCUUUUCCAAUUACUGGUAACGCUGAGCAACGAGUGCGAGGUCGGAGGUGAAUGGGUGAUCGGCGCGCCGUUAAUGGAAUUGCCGAUUUCAGAACAGAUCGUCGUUCUUCACAGGCUCGAUCACUCGGUCCACACUGCUAGGCUCUGGGUCAUGCAGGAAUCCAAGAUGAUUGCUCACACUUGGAAUCUGGAUGUUUUAUUUCUAAUGGUCAAGGGCGACGUGGUCAAUUGUCUCGAGGAACUAUCUUAUCUCAAGCUCGCCGAUCAUUCGAGUGCACUUUCGGAGGAUUCCGUUAGCGUACAAGUGCUCGUUUGCGUCAAGAUGAGAGCUAAAAUCGUUUCCGAGGUGAACGCCAACGUACAGUUGUUGCAGGAUGCACCGGUAAAGUGCAUAGAUAUACUCGCCAAGAUCUGUCGCGUGAUCAGCCUAGCGAAUUUACACAUGUGUUUCCCACGAUCAAAUUAUUGGAGAAAGAGCAGCGACGUGGCACCUGCGGCAGCAAGUUCCUACGUUGAAACUUAUUUCGAGAAGAUUUUAUUACCGGUUCUCGAGGUUAUAGAGGAUCCUGAUAUUUCAAAUAUGAUAUUGAAAAUAAUGUGCGAAGCCUGGCUCGAUUAUAUUUAUUUGCAUCGCAUCAAAUUCAGCGAGUACGGAGCUCUUCAGUUACUCACCGACUUUGCCUACGUUUCCACGUGGGUAACAGCGUGCUCAAUAAUAUCGCAGAAUGUGAGGAAUCAUUUAUUGAAGAACGAAAUGUUACGCCGUUGCGAGGGCGUCGGUCGACUUCUUCUUAGACAUCCAGGAGAAGCGAUUCCUAUGCAGAAACGACUUGCUCGUAGGACAAAUGAUAGCGGAUCACCGGAAUCACCCGGUCUCGAGCGGAUGCCAGCGGAAAUGUAUGUCCCGAAUCAGGAACAAUGGCUCGAACUUCGAGCACCGAAGCGAUACAACUUUUGCUGUACGGAAUAAGUGGAAUAAAUUCAACGCAAUCGA